AUGCGACUGUCCAAGAUCAAGACUGAGCUUGAAAAGCUGCAUCAGAAUGACCCCGAAUGCAGUACGAGCAAGAAGAGAAAGACCAAAGAUAGGCUCAGUGUUGAACUCCUCAAUGAAGAAGUACGAAAAGAUGAUGCAAAAACCAUGCAAAUUGACAAGGGAAAUGAUGAUGAAGGUGAUCAUGAACCAACUACAGACGACAAAGAGAAUAACAAUGAUGUACCGCUUGAAGCAGGAGAACACGAGGAAGAGGAAGAAGAUGAAAGAGAUAAUGAGGAAGAGAAAGAAGAAGACGAAGAAGAAGAGGGAAAUAAUGACACUGAUCGGGACAACAGUGAUGACGAAGCAAGUGAUAAAGAUAAUGAUGAUGACGAUGAUCCUGAUCACUCAGAAGCUAAUGUAAUACAAGACACCGUUCAGGAAUCCGAAGGGAACUCUGAGCCACAUAAUGGUCACCAAGAAACUACACCUUGUGGUCAGAAUGAUCCUUCGAAUGAAAAGCACGGCUCGAGUUUGAGAUCAACUAGUGAUGGCAAAACGGAUGCAUCACUUAGUGCGAGUCAUAACAACUCCAGUCGAAAGGUUAGAAGUGUUCAAAACUCAUAUGCUAUUGAGCUCUCACAAACUGAAGCAAGGGAAAUUGUGUCACUUUUGAAACAACACCAAGAAGAGACUCGGUUAAGCUGUGAGUGGAUACAAGCCAAACAAAAGCUUGACAAUCAGAAACUUGAUGACUUAUCCAUAAACAUAAAUCAUGUUUUGGAACGUUUGUCCACAAUCCAAACCAGUCAAGAUACUCUGGGACUAAGUCAGCAAAAUCAGCUUCUUGAAAAGAUUAUCAAAGAACAACAUUCUCUCAAGCACACAACCUUCGGUCUCAAGGAGAGAGUUGAUCUUGCAUGCUCCAAAAUUGACACCGCCAGUGAUAACAUCUUCAAAUCUUGA